CAAAACAUUUCCAUUGAGAUAUCACGCUGGUGCGUUUUGUUCCACGCUCGUUCGGUUUGCUCGGUCGGUCACACAUCGUGGAGAUUGUUACAUGAGCGUGGAACAUCCGAACAUGGUAGCGUAAUGUUUGUGCAAGGUGUUGACAACGGUAGCCAAUGAAAUCGUGUAAUACGAAAAGUAAACGUUCGUAGGUAGUGAGAUUAAAUAAAAUUAAACGAGCGUCCGUCGACACCACACGUUCUGAAAGUGAAAAUUUGUCCUAUAUUCUCGUAUACGAUUCGUUUUUGCGUUUAUCAACGUGCGGUAGCAGCGAUUGCACUCGAUCAACUGAACAUCAACCACAUCGAAUUUAUCCGGCGCUCUCGCUCAACUUUAGCGAUGUAUGGAUUAGUGCAAGGUAUACGCCGCGCGCAAACGUGCGAUAUGUUAUUUAAAUAGAUCGCAUUUUAAAUAAACCGCGUGGAAAUCGUAAACGAGCGCGAACAGUGAGCUUGUGCGGAUGGGGAACGCGGUGUGGGUGCACGCGAUGCGCUAAGGAGACAAAAAAUGCGCCAACAGCGAGCACGACGUGCACACGCUGAAUAGGGGAAACUGUUUGUUGUGACGUUCCCGUAUAAAUGUUUGGAUAAAUGGAUAGACGGAUAGAGAGCAGUCGGUUGGUGUUGUGCAAAGGAUUCAUUAGAUUAGUGCGCGCGAAGUGUACGCACGGAAAUCCGCCGAAAGUGUUCAGUGCGUUGCAAAUUAAUCGAUUUUCGGAUUUUGGCACUAAUCUCAUCAACGAUCCGACAAAUGCCAGUAUGCAGUUCUAGUGCCGCGCGUGAUAGUCUCAAUGAACAAUGUUUAAAAUACUCGUUGUCAUUUACUUCCUACUUGUUAUUUCAACAAAAGCCAAAAGAGAAAAAAGGGAUGAAAUAUACCCCUCGGAAGUUGGAGAAGGCUUUCCUGUAAAGCUGCUAAAUUAUAAACCUGGUGAUGAGGUUUUCAUGAAAUGUAAAGACCACGACGCGACAAGCAACAUGCACGAACACAGAUGGAAAUUUUUUCCUUGCGAUGAUUGCAAUAAAAUGAAAGCAACACAUAUUGAAUGGAGACUUCUUCCGCAACACAAGAAACGUUUACAUUUUAAAUCAGUAUCACCUGCUGAUAGUGGUAGAUAUCUAUGCACAGUGAACGAUAAUACAAUUGCUUCAUAUCAGCUCAAAGUGUCUCGAACGCAAAACUUAAACCAAGAAUACAAAUUCAUCGGCCGUGCGCCUGAAAUCGUUGACAUUGAGAAAAACGAUGAUAUCAGACCGAAUGGUAUUGUUGCGGUAAAAUGUAAGAUCAUUAGCCCUAUAGCACCACGUAUUUGGUGGUUGAAGCAAUGCGAAGAGGCCCAAAAGUGUGACCUGAACUACGACGGCAAAUUCUACUAUAAGAUCAACGUCACCUACGACAUGCAGCGGGAGGAGAACGUCUACGUGAGCAAAUUGCAUUUGCGCAAUUUCACGCAUCGUGACGACGGGCUGUACGUAUGCGUAACGAUGACCGAACUGGGAAAAGACUAUCGAACGUUCACUCUUACUUUGCCACCCUCGGUGGCCGACGACGAGGGUGAGCGGCAAACGAGCAAUCUUAGCUAUUUGUUCCUCGUACCAAUCGCUUUUAUUUUAAUACCAAUUUGUAUCGAUUGUCUGGGCAAACGCAUUGGGAUUAAAAAAAGUAAACAGGAAGUUAUGCUUCUUGAAGUUGUUACACCAACAACUCCAAGGAUUUAUAACAGUUGAUAAAAUGUAAUGUUGCAUUGUACAUAUAUUUAGAUUAAUGGCUGUGAUUAUUAAAUUUAUUAUUUUUA